GCAUCGGCGAGCGACGGCAGGCGGGCGCGGCGUUGCCAUGGCGGCGCCGCGGAGCACUGUGGGCCGCCGGUUGGCCAUGGAGCUGGCGGGGCGGAGGCCGCGGCUGUUCCGCUGGCGGCGCCUGACCGCCCCGACCACCCCGCAGGCCAGGUUUGACUCUGACAGCGCGGAGUACUGGAUGAAGAGAGUGGAGCAAGCCUCUGAGUAUGCCGUCUCUGAAGCUUUUUCCCUUCAAAAGCCGAGGUACCCACGAGGGCUUUGUGAUCCUGCAACAAGGCUGGAAACUGUGGAACAGCUGCAAGAGCACGAUGAGGCCUGUAAGGAAGCCCGAGAGCUGCUCAGUAACUGGACAAAGUCCAAAUUGCAACUGGAGCUGACAAGCGAUGGAGAAGCGGAAGUUGGCUCUGUCCUGGGAAAUCCUUCGGCCCUUCUGAACUAUAAGCGGUUUGAUGACUUGUACAGCUAUCUGGAACAUGAAUUGGAAAGUUCUUCUGUCCAAGAAUACCUACAGCAUCUUCUGCAGAGUGAAGCUGUGAACUGUGGGAUAGCAGAAGACCUUAGACUUGAAGACAUCAAGGAAAGACAAAAGCCUGCAGAUCCACGAAUAACCAUGGAGCUCAGACACAAGCAGGUGAAAGAAAAUCGACUGAGGCAUCAGAAGGCAUUACAGCUUCAGAGACAAGAAAAAUCUCUGAGGAAAGCCAUUCUGGCUGAGGCCAAGCUUCAAAUACAGGAGGAGGACAGAAAGAAGGCCUUGAAGGCAAAAAAGGAGGAGGAGGAGAUCCGGAGGGAAAUGGUGAAGCUACGAAGGGAAAUGGCUGAGAAGAGGCAAAUCAUGGCAGAAGCAUGGAGAAUGGAACGGAAAAGGCAAGAAAAAAGCCAGAAACUGUCAAUGCAGGAGGUAUCUUUUAAUGUGUCACCACCCAUGGACCUGAAGAAAGAAGAGCAAGGAAAGGAGAAACAGAGGAGGGUUCAGGAGCUGCUGAGCAGAAUUCACACCAAUAAACAGAGAUGCAUGCAGCGACAUUUCUCUGCUUGGUUCAGACUCAUUCUGGAGCAUAGAAUUAAAAUGGGGAAAGCCAGAGCCCUUGCUGACUGGAAAUGCCAACGGAAAGCCCUACAAGCCUGGAGAAGCUAUACAUGGGCCCAGAAAGUAGAGCAGGAGACACAGCAACUGGAAGUUCAUCUGCAAGAUCAAAACAGGAAGAACCAACUGUCAGCAGAGCAUAACCAGCGGCGGCUUUUGCGCUGCUGCUUUCUGGCAUGGCAGCGCUGGAGCCAAGCAGAGGCAGAAGAGCGAGAGCUGCAGCUCAAGAGACAGGAGACAAAGAGGAAGAUGGCACAGCUGCUGGAGGCAGUGUCACUGGGGAAGAGUGGCUUAAACAGAACACUGGAGGUUAGCAAGCCUGAGACUGCAAAAGUAAACCAGCAGCAAGUUUUGCAGCAAGACGAGCCAACCAAAACAUACCUUAUACAGGAAGAACCUGACCAGACCGAAGACCAUUCUUGUGGGCAUGCUGCUCACACAUCUCAUUCUUACAGAGAACCCAAGUUUGCCUGGCAGAUCACUCUGAAACAUGCAGCCCUGAGUGCCCAGGACGAGGCUAUGUACAGGAAUAAAAUAGCUGGUCUCCUCCAGCAGUUUCAAGCACCCAGCCCAAAGACAGCUCCUGCUUAUGGUAGUUGUUUUGACCACCGUCACACCUUCCAGCAACAUGUGAUAGAGGAGCAGAAGCAGCAGCUUCAGAAACAGCAAGAGCUGAUCCUUGAACUACAAGAAAAUCAGAGGCUGAGUAGAGCAAAAGAAGAGGCAAUGCAAGCCACAGCUGCAACCCAAGCACUUGACUAUGCUUCACAAACCAGGGAGAAAAAACUGAAGAGCGGAAAACAAUCUGGAUGGAAGAAUACAACCCCUUUGAGUCUGCCUGUUUCUCAAGAGCCAGAGAACACAAAGGUAGUGACGCAAGGCAAGAGGCACUCCAGCCAGCCAACCUCAGCUCAUCCCAUAGUGAAAGCUAUGGAGGAGAGAGCAAUUCAGCGGGCAGAACGGAGAAGGAAACUAGAAGAAGCUAAACAACAAAGAGAAGAGGAAAAACUGGCCCAGCUGAAGGCUGAAGAGGAAGCACGUCAGAGGAAGGAGGCUGAGGAAAAGGAAGCUCAGAAAGAAAAAAGACGAGAGGAGAAGAGGCAGCAGAAGCUGAAAUUGUUGGAGAAGCAGAGAAGGCUGGAGAAAGAGCAGCAGCUCCAGAAAAAGGCCAGAGAUCACUAUGAGAAGGCCCUACUGAGAAAACUGGGAAUGAUGCCAUGGAAGAAGCUAAGGGAGCAGGCCAAGGAAAACCUGAUGGUGGCCCAAAGGCACCAUUGCUUGGGUCUGCAGAGGAAAUGCCUGCUGAGCUGGUUCCGGCACACCCAGGAGAGACUCAUGGAGAAGGUGUCUCAGGCUGAAGACUUCUUUUCCCAUAUGUUGCUCAGAUGGGGCUUCAGGAUCUGGCUAAAGUACAAAGAUUACCUCUCCACUCUGGAGGAGAAAGCAAGUACUCUCCAUGCAGCCUGCCUCAAGAGAAAGUACUUCUGGGCAUGGUUUGAUCUGAUCACGGAGGAAAAAAGCACCUUAAGGGAGAAGAUGAAGAUUGCCACUGAACACUGUAACAAGAAACUCAUGCUAGAUGCGUUCAAGGCUUGGAGGCAGUACCCACUACUGAUGAAAAAGGAAAGAGAGAGAGAGGAAAGGAGGAACCAGCUUCGGAGGAGAGUAGCCGAAAUUCUUCCUGACUUCCAAACAUGACAGAAGAAACUGAAAGGAGACUGGGAAGAGGGACAAAAGGUCUGACUCAGUUCAGUGUUAUCUUUCUUCCAACUGAAACAAAUUCAAGAUGAUGUUCUGUUCAGUGCAAAUGGUAGUCUUACAGCCAAAGCAAGCUCCCUGGGGCUACUGCUGGUCAAACCAAACCAGGUGUAUAUUGGAACCUAGUUUGAUGAUUUUACUUUUGACUCGAGGGGGGGUUCUUCCCCAUGAGGUCCUCCCAGCAUGAAGUCUUCAUAGGGAUUUAUGGGCUGUUAGCACUAAGGCCUAGGUAACCACAGCAUUUCAGGCCGAGACCAUUUCUGCACACAAAGCUGCAGCCCUGACACUAAUCCCGCUCCAUCUCAGGACGCGCAGAACUGAGAUGUACCUAUUAAGCAGAAACCUGGUGCUUUUCUGUUGCCAGUACUCCACAGAACAACAAAUUGACCAGAGAGCGAACAGAUUUGACUGUCAGCUGAUCCGUGCUAACCACUGCUGUGAACUUGGCCACACCAAGAACAGAUUCUAGUAAUUGUGCCAGGGAAAUUUGGAUGGGAGGAGGAGAAGAAAGAGCUGUUUAUACAAAUCCUGUUUACUAACAGACCAGGUCACAGCAUCACAUAUGGAUAUUCUAAAACCUGGACUCUUACAGUGACGGUGUAGUUUGUAGUGCUGUCCAGUUCAGAGGCAUGGAACUUUGAUUUUGGUGACAAAUGGUUAUUUCAGAUUUAUGAUCUUCUUAUCAUAGAAUGGCCUAGAUUAGAGGGGAUCUUAAAGGUCAUCUAGUUCCAACCCCCUGCCAACCACCAGAUCAAGCCCAGGAUCCUAUCCAACCUGGCCUUGAACGCCUCCAGAGAUGGAGCAUCCACAACCUCUCCAGGCAGCCUGUUCUAGUGCCUCAUAAACCUUCUGAGUAAAAAAGUCCUUCCUUACAGUUAACUUAAAUCUACCCUCUUGUCCUACCACUACCAGACUGUAGAAAGACGGUCUCCCUCCUGUUUGUAAGCUCUCUUCAAGUACUGGAAGGCCACAAUGAGGUUUCCACAGAGCCUUCCCUUCUCCAAGCUAACCAAGCCCAACUCCCUCAACCAUUUGUUCAUAGGAGAGGUGCUCCAGCCAUUUGAUUUCUUCGUGGCCCUCCUCAGGACCUGCUCCAACAGCUCUACAUCCUUCUUAUACUAGGGGCCCCAGGCUUGGACACAGUACUCCAGAGGGGGCUUCAUGAGGGCACAGCAGACUGGGACAAUCCCCUCCCUCUCUACUGGCCACUCCUCUUUUGAUUCAGCCCAGGAAACCAUUGGCCUUCUGGGCUGCAAGCACACGUGCCAACUCAUAUCCAGCUUUUCAUCCAUCAGGACCCCCAAGUCCUUCUUCACAGAGCUGCUCUCAAUGAGUUCUCCCAGUCUGUACUUGUAUAUGGGAUUGCCUCCAUCCAAGUGCAAAACCUUGCACUUGGCCUUGUUAAACCUCCUUAGAUUCUCAUGUGCCCAUUUUUUGAGCAUGUCUAGGUUCCACUGGAUGGCAUCCUACUCUUCUAUUGUGUCCUCUUGCUUCAUGUCUGUCACGUAAACAUUUUCUAGGCUGGUUCAUUGUUGUAUUUAAAGAUCUAUUGUGCAAGUCUGUCUAGGCCCUUUCACUUGACCCAUACCUCAAACAAGAAAAAUGCAGACUAUUUUUACAUAAGCUAAAACUCAUAAUCAAAAGGAAGGUUUCUCAUAACUCUAACCUUAACCUGCAGCAUGGUGCAGACACAGUAAUGCAGUAAAGGUACAGUACGUCUUGUCUCAGCGGUAGCAUAAGGGAGGAAUCUGGAAUUGCUUUCCACCUCACAAGAUAGGUGAAGUUGUCUCCAAAAUAACUUGGCAAUAUACGGAAAAUAUUUGGGCAAAGCAAGGAAGGUGACAGUUUACUGUUACCCAUUGUACUGGACAAUUUUUGAAAUCCUUUAUAUGCAUUGAAAGUUUUCAAUAAACCCAAACCUGAAGUGAGCACAA